AUGUUGGAUAGUUACUUCCGACAUUCAUCUAGUAUAUCCCAGUGUGGAAAUAAACGAUUUUCGAAUAUACUUUCAGCUGGACCACAGUGUUCAUUCGGUUAUUCCAGAGAUGUCAUUGAUAUCCAUUUCACUGAUCCAAUAAUUCGGUUUGAAAUGCGCUUACCAUCACCUGCUUCCCCCAAAUCUUUUAUUGGCGUAAAUAUCCCGGAGAAAUCUACGGAUGAUGAAACUGUUACUGGCGAUAGGCUCUUAGCAGAGAAUAUGGUAGCUGCAGCUGGGAUCAAGACUGACUACAUCAAGGAAGUUUGUCGACAUUGUAGGAAGGGUUCAGACAGGCCACGAGUACUUAAGAUUCGAUUUAAAGAUAAAUACAUGGCUAUGUCUGAUUUGAGUAAUAAGAAUGGGCACAUUACCCAUGCACCCAGUCUUUUUGCUGAAAGACUUAACGAAAAGGGAACUAUUGCUAGGCAAACAGUGCGAAGAGAAUAUUAUGUGCGAAAUCAGAAUGUCAAUCUGAAGAAAUAUGUUGUCAGAGAUCUGUUGUCAGAGAUCUUCAAAUAG